UUCUUUUUGAAACUACUACGGGUACUGUAAAUUAAAGUUUGAUAUAAAAUGAUCAAUCAAUGAUCAAUAUCAUGUUAUUUGGCUACUGUUUGUUAUUGCAGUACAGAUUAUGUCAUAAUUUACUCGUUUACGAAUAAAUUUCUUAUACUCAUUAUGGCUUUUUUGCAAUGGAGACGAUUUAAUUUCUUUGAAAAAGAUGUUGUUAAAGACCCUGAAACAUCGCAAGUUUAUGAGAAGUUGAAAGAUAUUAAAGUCACUUGUACUAAAAGUGGGAGGGGGCAGAUUUUGCUUGGAGAUUCUGAAGGCAAUGUAUAUUUUUUAAAUAGGCAAUUUCAACUCCAGUCCUUUAAAGCUUAUGAACAGAAAGUGACAUAUAUCGAGCAACUUAGACUCAAUCCAAUUUUAGUUACUGUUGGAGAUGAUGAACCUGGUGACACCUCUAUUAUUAAAGUAUGGAACACUGAAAAAGCUGAUCGAAUGGGUAAGCCUUUAUGUAUCAGGAAUAUCAGACCUCAAGGUAUCGCUUUUCCAAUUACAUCUAUUACUGUUCAUGAAAACAUGAAUCUUCUCGCUUCUGGUUUUUCUGAUGGUUCUGUAUUGCUUGCAAGAGGAGAUAUAACUCGAGAAAGACAAAGUAAACAAAAAGUUUUCAAAGUUAGCAACAAUCCUCUGACUGGACUUGCUUUCAGAACACAUGGCAAGCAGACUUUUAUGUUUGCUGCAACAAAUGAUGAGAUUUAUUCGUUUAAUUUGUCUGUCAAAGAUAAAGAAACAAAGACAUUGCUUGACAAUCACGGAUGUCCCCCAAAAUGUUCUAUUCUUAGUGAUGCCAAGCAAGAUCAUCAGUUUGUGAUUGGAAGACAAGAUGCUGUUUACUUUUAUCAACAUGAUGGUCGAGGACCUUGCUUAGCAUUUGAUGGUGAAAAAAUAUUAUUAUACUGGUUUAGAAGUUAUUUAGUUGUGGUUGGUAAAGAUAGUAAAGCAGUGCAUUCUUCAGCUAUUACCUCCUCACCUGUUCAUAUGAACAUUGUAACAGUAUAUGAUAUACAAAAUAAGUUUAUUGCCUAUUCUGCACCACUACCUGCAGUUGUAGAUGUCAUAUCUGAAUGGGGAUCAUUGUAUAUUUUGUCUCAAGAUGGGAAGCUUUAUACAUUGCAAGAAAAAGAUACCCAGAGUAAACUUGAUAUGUUAUUUAAAAAGAAUCAAUAUGCUUUGUUAAUAAGCUUAGCUAAAAGUCAGAUGUAUGAUGAAGAUGGUUUGAUUGAUAUAUUUAGGCAAUAUGGAGAUCAUCUAUAUAGUAAAGGAGAUCAUGAUGGUGCUAUAACUCAGUAUAUAAAAACCAUAGGAAAAUUAGAGGCAUCUUAUGUUAUAAGAAAAUUUCUUGAUGCCCAACGAAUCCAUAAUUUGACUGCCUAUUUACAAGCUCUUCAUAAGAAAGAUUUGGCCACAGAAGACCAUACAACUCUUCUACUAAACUGUUAUACAAAACUGAAGGAUAUUUCAAAACUAGAUGAAUUUAUUAUGACAAAAGAUAGAGAAAUUCAUUUCGAUGUUGAAACAGCAAUGAAAGUUUGUCGUCAAGCGGGUUAUUAUAAACAUGCAUUGUUUUUAGCAGAGCAUCAUGAUCAACAUGAUUGGUACCUUAAGAUACUUCUAGAGGAUCUUAAAGAUUAUGAUAAAGCUUUGAAAUACAUUUCAAAGCUAGAUUUUGAAGCUGCCGAAGGAAAUAUGAAAACUUAUGGGAAGGUUUUGAUGACUGAAGUACCUGAACAAACAACCCAACUUUUGAAAAGACUUUGUACUGAUUAUAAUGCUUAUGCAACAACUCCAGAUAGAAGUAUGUCUGCUAAUCCUGAAGAAUUCAUUCAUAUUUUCGUUAACAAUUCAGAGCGACUUCUUGAGUUUUUAGAGCAUAUGAUUAAGAUUAGACCAACAUCCUCUUCUCUUGUAUAUAAUACUUACUUGGAAUUGUGUUUAAAAGCUUACAGCAAAGAAACAGAUCCAGCUGCUAAAAAGAAACAGGAACUAAAAAUAAUGGAAAUGCUGAAAAAUUCUGAUGCAAGUUAUAGCAUCAAUCAAGCUCUAGUUUUGUGUCAAAUGAGUGAUUUUAAACCUGGAAUCUUACAUUUGUAUGAAAAGGCAAAAUUGUACCAACAAAUUAUCUUUUAUCACAUUGAAAAUAGAGACUUUGAGGCUAUUAUGAGAACCUGUGAACUUUUUGGUAACUAUGAUCCGAAUUUAUGGGUUCAAGCCUUAUGGUUUUUCUGUCAGGAAGAAAAAAGCCAAAAACCUUAUGUGAUGACAAUAUUAAGUGAAAUAGAGAGGAAUAACCUGUUAUCACCUAUUCUAGUGGUAGACAUAAUGGCAAAAAGCCACACUGCAACCUUAGAUUUAAUUAAAGAUUACAUUAUUCGAUAUUUACAGAAAGAAAAUGAGCAAAUUUCUGAGGAUGAAAGAUUGAUCAAACAGUAUAGAGAAGAAACUGAAAAAAUGAGAAACCAAAUGGAAGAAUUGAAAACGAAUCCCAAGAUUUUCCAAGUAUCCAAGUGUAGUGGCUGCGCUCAUCAGCUUGAAUUGCCCUCUGUACAUUUCCUUUGCAGUCACUCUUAUCAUCAACAGUGCUUUGAGAGUUACAGUGCUGAACAUGAUUCUGAAUGUCCUCUUUGUUUGUCAGAAAACCAGAAAGUUCUUGGAAUAAUUAGAUCACAAGAACAAAACAAAGACAUACAUGAACAAUUCCAUAACCAGUUGGAAAGAGCUGACGAUGGUUUUGCUGUAGUUGCUGAUUAUUUCGGUAGAGGUGUGUUUAAUAAAGUAACAAUUGUAACAAACUCUUCACAACCCAGUGUUCGUAAUACUGAUAUUCUUAAUCCGUUCUAUAGUGAUAUGUAAUUAUUUAAUUUCAUUGUUAAAUAUUGAUUGAUAUGUUAAGCUAAAUUAGCUAUUUAAGAUAGAAAUGAUAGCAUUUUAUGCUAUUUUAUUUUAAAUUAAUUUUUUAUGAAAAUUUUUUUUUUAUAUGUUUGAAAGAAAAAUUACUUCAUUCAAAAUGUAAUAUUAUUUUCUAUUUACUGUUAAAUAAUUCAGUUGAUGUUAAAAAAAUAUAUGAGGUGUUAAACUAAUUUCAUUUCACCUUAUUGUAUUAUAAAAAAUUUGGAAUAAAUUUAUUAUAUAUAGUGCAAUGUGUAUUCUGUAAUAGUUUGCUGCUCUAUACUUAAAUUUUUCUUGUAUAAUUAUUAAACUACAUCCAUUUCAGUUAAAUGAUUUGAAUAUAACAGAAUUUAAAUACCUCUUUUUCUAUAUAUGUAUGAAUACAUUGUAUUGGCAUAAGUAAGUCAGUAAAAAAAUAUAUACAUAUAUCACAAAAAGAGACUAGACUAACUCAAAAGGUGUAACUAGUAGCCAGGACAAACUUUUGCAUAUUUUAGUUGUUAAGUUUUGCUUUUUUUUUUCCAAUUGUGAAAUUAUGAGAACUGAUGAUACUGUAUUUUGGUUUCUUCACCCUAAAAUAUCAAACACCUCAUACUUCAUCCCCAAGCAGUGAUAGCUUGUUGUAAACAACCUCAUUAUUAAUGUAUUAUAAUAAGUAAAGAA